GAAAGGUCGUGCGAUGGCGACGCUGGAGCUUGAGCAUGUCGUGGGGUACACCGGCCGCGGCAAGGACACCGUGCACACUCAUCCACGGGAUCCCGAUAUGUAUCUUACAAGCAUGGGUGCGGCGAUCGUUGUGGCGCGUCUGUCGGACCCACACGCACAAGAAUUCUUGCGCGGUCACGACGAAGAGAUCACGUCCAUGGCGAUAUCACGGUCUGGAUUGCUCCUCGCAUCGGGCCAGUUGCCGUCCACCAAGCGAAACGGCGCCACGAUCGUUGUGUGGGAAUUGAAUUCGAGAACAGAGCUGUAUCAACUCCAAGGGUUCCAAUGCAAGAUUAUGAAGAUUGCAUUUUCGCCCGACGAUCAUUUCCUCGUCGCGUCCGGCGCGGACGGCCGCGUCAUUCUGUGGGAUAUGCGGGUGCGUGCUGCCAUCCACGUCGUCCACAGCCUCAACACGCUCGUUUCGUAGACGUCAGAAGUGAUCUUCACCAAGUCGUUUCCGUCCCCCGUCGCCAUCGUAAACUGGGGCCGCGUGGAAGAGAAGAGCCGGCGGCCAAAGUACACGUUGACGUUUGCCUGCUCGAGCCAGCUCGUCGUGAACGACCUGUCGUACGACAUAGCAUGCAUGCAGUACAAACUCGAGAGCUUUCCCUGCGCGAUGCCGUCGACGGGCCUCGUCCGCGACUACCUGACGGCGACAAUGACUCAAAACAAAGACGUGCUCCUGGCAGGCACGAUCGCAGGGGAGCUCGUGGUGUUCAACACGGACGCACGCGUCUUCAAGAGCACGAUCCCCAUCUCGACCAACGGCGUCCACAGCAUCGUAUGCGACUCCACAUCUGGCUUCAUCUUUGUCGGAGCGGGCGACGGAGGGCUAAAAAAACUUGUCGGCGCCCAAGUGGACUGGAAUCUCGUUGGCCAUGUCCAGCUCCUCGGAGGAAUCGUCGGCCUCGCUGUCACGUGCGAUGGCGGUGCCCUCGUCGCUGGCACGACUGCUGGCAAACUGUACCAAGUGUCGACAGCGGACCUGCGAGUACGAGAACUGGCCACGAGCCAUCUCGCUCCCGUCACAGCCGUCGCGUUUGGGAAUGGACGUAGCGACUCGUUCGUGAGCUUGGCCAAGGAUGGAACGCUCAAGGUGUGGGACCUUUCCACGUACACGGUGCGGUGCAUGGCGGCGGACAAUGCCGCUGGAAGAAGCGUGUGCUAUGCGCCGUCGCCGGUCCAACCUGGUUCGGUUUGGAUUGUCAGCGGGUGGAGCGAUGGCUGGCUUCGGUGCUACGACGAAGCCACGGGGGCUAAAAUGUGGCACAUCUCGGGCGCGCACCGGGGGGAUGUGUCGUCGGUGGCAGCGACCGCCAAGAUCGUGGUCAGCGGCGCAAGCGAUGGCGGCGUGAACGUGUGGUCACUGGCGACGAGAGAGCUGCUCCUGCAGUUUCACGAACAUAAGCGCGGCGUAACGCAGGUGCUGGUGGACAUAGUCAAGCCGCAUUGGAUCCAUUCGUGCGGGUUGGACCGCGCGCUCUUCAUCUACGACGUCAAGGCCGAACGGCGUGUGAUGGUGCACCAAGUACGCGAGGGCGCGUUCCUCACGAUGAGCCAGCGACUGGACAGCGAGAACGAGAUCGUGACAGGGGGUGCGGACGGUCGCGUGUUGUUUUGGGACUGCGACGUGACCGAACACGUCAAGUUGAUGUCGGACCCGAAUCGCAUGGGAAUCGCAUCGCUGCAAGUGUCUCCUUCAGGUCGGUAUCUCGUGACGGGUGGCGAAGACUGCCACGUCAAAGUGUUUGAUAUCCAACGUGACGUGCUCGUGGCGUGUGCGCUUGGUCACUCGGGCGGCAUCCAACAAGUCACAUGGAGUCCCGACGAGCGGCAACUCGUGUCGGUCGGCGACGACUGCUGCAUCUGCAUUUGGAACUUCUUCCAAGACAUCGAGUAACACGCCCACGACAACGUCGAUGCUUCGAUUGAUCCUAGCCUGCGUUCAUGUCGGCCGUCCAUCGCGCGACCACCGAACACCGUGACGGUGUUCGCGUCUCCGUGCGGCGGACGCAUCUGGAUGCUCACCCAACGGCGCCGCGCAUCGCCAUGCGACACACCACGACGUCGUGAAUGCAUACGAAUCGUGACAUCACGGAGGGCAAAUCGAGUGCAAUACCUCUGUAAAUGAAUAUUUAUUUCGUAUCCGGA